CCCUGGUCUGAACAAAGUCAGACAUCAAGCUUCAAGGAGUCUCUCCACAGCAGCUCUUCACAGCCUCCAGACCGACCCUGAAGAUGACUCCCUCUGCCAGCCUGCUGCUGCUGCUCCUGCUCGGCUUCUCUCAGGCAUAUCCUGUCCAGGAGGAAGGAAGCAAAGAAGAUGUCCCAGAUACCGUCGACAUGACCACCAGGAUUCUGACCUCCAACAGCGCCACCAACGAGAUCCUGCUGGAAGGAGACAUUCUGGCUCCCACAACCAAAAGCGCCAUGAUAUGCUCGUCCCAGAAAUGCCUGUGGAAGAAAGCUGCCAAUGGCUUGGUGAUGGUCCCCUAUACCGUGAGCAGUGACUUCACCAGCUUGGAAAAGCAGCGGAUUGAAUUUGCCCUGAACGGCUUCCAGGCCAAAACCUGCAUUCGUUUUGUCCCCCGUCAGAAUGAGACCGACUACAUCCGCAUUGAGAACAAAGCUGGAUGUUUCUCAUUGGUGGGCAGAGUGGGAGGCGCACAGGUGCUCUCUCUCAAUAGGCAGAGCUGCCUCUACUAUGGCAUCAUCCAGCACGAGGCCAACCACGCUCUGGGCUUCCUGCACGAACAUACCAGAACUGACCGCGACUCCUACGUCACAAUCACCUGGGAGAACAUCGACCCGCAGAAAGCUAACAACUUCAAAAUGCAGGCCGCCAACAACCUGAAUACUCCCUAUGACUACUCCUCCAUCAUGCACUAUGGGAAAACAGCUUUCUCCAUCCAGAAGGGAAAGGACACCAUCACCCCCAUCCCCGACCCCAACGUCCCGAUUGGACAAAUGAAAGGCCUGUCCAACUGGGACAUCAUAAGGAUCAAGACGUUUUACGGUUGCUCAUAAAAAUGCUGAUGAGAAAUGCAACAAAUUCCUACUUUC